UGUGCUUUUUUUUUUUUUUUUGCGCGUGCAGUUUUUGGUCUCGAGGCCUGCAGGUUGCCUUUGUUUCUCUUUUAGGCGGCGUUUUUGGUCUUUUUAAAAAAAACUUAGUUUUUUAAAAAAGAUCUUUUUUACCAUUUUAUUAUUAUUUGUGAUUUACGGGAAACGUUUUAACGCCUUUUCACGAGCAGCAUGUGAGAUUUGUGUUAGAUUUCGGGUGUCUUUUUGUGCCUUUCAUGUGUGUUUUGAUGACCUGCAGAGACAAAAACAUUUUUUUUCCCCUCACAAAUAUUUUUGCAGGUUUUGUUUUUAAGGUCCUCAGUUUUACUUCCAGAGGAUUAAUCCAUAAAUAUGCAUUUUACCCCGUUUAUACUACACUACUACUACUACUGCUGCUGCUACCACAGGGCUGUGUCCAAAAUACCUCCCUGUUCCCUAUAUAGUGCAUUACGUAUAUUUUUUAUAAUGUCUAUAUUUUACAAUUGUCCCCUACUCAUAUAUAUAUGUAUGUCCUUUAUACCUUUAUAUGUCCUUUACACCAUUUCACAGUUCACGUGGAUGUGUCCAGAAUUGCCCUUCACUGCCUAUGUAGUGCACUUUAAGUAGCCUUACACUUUAUACUAGGGUUUCAAAAAAUGUGUCCUAAUCCUUAAAUAAUGCACUAGAUGGUUUUUUUUUGGGGCGGGGGGAGUUUACUCCCGUGAUAGUGCACCACAUGGGCCAAAAUGGAAAUCUUCUCCAUAAAUAGUGCACUACACCAUAUAUAGUGCAAUAAGUGGAUUGUACACCCUUUCUAGUGCACUAUAUGGAUUGUACCCCCGUUAUAGUGCACUACACCCUUUAUAUUGCACUAUAUAUGGAUUGUACACCUUUUAUAGUGCACUACACCCUUUAUAUUGCACUAUAUAUGGAUUGUACCCCCGUUAUAGUGCACUAUAUGGAGUGUACCCCCGUUAUAGUGCACUACACCCUUUAUAUUGCACUAUAUAUGGAUUGUACCCCCGUUAUAGUGCACUACACCCUUUAUAUUGCACUAUAUAUGGAUUGUACCCCCGUUAUAGUGCACUAUAUAUGGAUUGUAACCCCGUUAUAGUGCACUGCACCCUUUAUAGUGCAGUAUAUAUGGAUUGUACCCCCGUUAUAGUGUACUAUAUAUGGAUUGUACCCCCGUUAUAGUGCACUACACCCUUUAUAGUGCACUAUAUAUGGAUUGUACCCCCGUUAUAGUGCACUACACCCUUUAUAUUGCACUAUAUAUGGAUUGUACCCCCGUUAUAGUGCACUAUAUAUGGAUUGUAACCCCGUUAUAGUGCACUACACCCUUUAUAUUGCGCUAUAUAUGGAUUGUACCCCCAUUAUAGUGCACUAUAUAUGGAUUGUACCCCCGUUAUAGUGCACUGCACCCUUUAUAGUGCAGUAUAUAUGGAUUGUACCCCCGUUAUAGUGCACUACACCCUUUAUAGUGCACUAUAUAUGGAUUGUACCCCCGUUAUAGUGCACUACAUAUGGAUUCUACACCCUUUAUAGUGCACUAUAUAUGGAUUGUACCCCCAUUAUAGUGCACUACACCCUUUAUAGUGCACUAUAUAUGGAUUGUACCCCCGUUAUAGUGCACUAUAUAUGGAUUGUACCCCCAUUAUAGCACACUACACCCUUUAUAGUGCACUAUAUAUGGAUUGUACCCCCGUUAUAGUGCACUAUAUAUGGAUUGUACCCCCGUUAUAGUGUACUAUAUAUGGAUUGUACCCCCGUUAUAGUGCACUACACCCUUUAUAAUGCACUAUAUAUGGAUUGUACCCCCAUUAUAGCACACUACACCCUUUAUAGUGCACUAUAUAUGGAUUGUACCCCCGUUAUAGUGCACUAUAUAUGGAUUGUACCCCCGUUAUAGUGUACUAUAUAUGGAUUGUACCCCUGUUAUAAUGCACUAUAUAUGGAUUGUACCCCCGUUAUAGUGCACUACACCCUUUAUAGUGCACUAUAUAUGGAUUGUACCCCUGUUAUCGUGCACUACACCCUUUAUAUUGCACCAUAUAUGGAUUGUACACACUUUAUAGUGCACUGUAUUGAUUAUAUACACCCUUUAUAUUGCACCAUAUAUGGAUUGUACACACUUUAUAGUGCACUGUAUUGAUUAUAUACACCCUUUAUAGUGCACUAUAUAUGGAUUUUACACCCUUUCUAUUUCACUUUAUGAUUUGUACACCUUUUAAAGUGCACAUUAUAGCGAUUGUACACUCUUUCUAGUGCAUUAUAUAUUGAUUGUACACCCUUUCUAGUGCACUAUGUCCUGUAAAGUGCACCAUAUAUGGAUUGUACACACUUUAUAGUGCACUGUAUGGAUUGUACACCCUUUAUAGUGCACUAUAUAUGGAUUUUACACCCUUUCUAUUUCACUUUGAUUUGUACACCUUUUAAAGUGCACUAUAUAGGGAUUAUACACCUUUUAUUGUAUACUAUAUAUAGAUUUUACACCCUUUCUAGUACAGUAUAUGAUUUGUACACUCUUUAUUGUGCACCAUAUAUGGAUUGUACACACUUUAUAGUGUACUAUAUAUUGAUUGUACACCCUUUAUAGUGCACUAUACAUGGAUUGAACAUGUUAUAGUGCACUAUAUUUAUUGUUCUCCCUUUAUAGUGAAUCCAAGGUCCCCUACUCCCUAUCUAGUGCACUCUACCAGGCUAAAUCUGCAUCUUGUUUUGAAGUAAGAUUUUUACACCACUUAUGGUGCACUGCCUGGCCCCCUGCUCCCUAUAUAAUGCACUAUCUGGCCCCCUGCUCCCUAUAUAAUGCACUUUGUUUGUAGAUGUAUUGAAUAUCUUCCUGAUCCCUACACAGGGCACUAGGAGAAGCAGAAAUAAUAGAGUUUACACUUGUUCUAGUGGACUAAAAUACAUUUUAAAAAGCUGUGUACUCCUUAAAUAGUGCACUAUACAAUAAUAAAGCCCUUUAUAGUGCACCACAUGGCUAAAACUACAAGAAAGUGCUCUCACACAAGCUAAUAAUGUUAAUAAUAAGAGCUACUACGUGUUAAGCUAAUUUGACAACGCUAGGUAGCAAGAUGUAACGAACCGGAGAGCUAAUUAGCCAAUUAGCUAAAACGAAUCAGUUUUUAUUGGUUAGAAAACUGCUUCAGCUAAUUCGCUGACCUGCUGUUAGCUACUGGUUCGCUAAGGUUAAUUAAUUGACUAGCGAGCUAGUUCACCGUGUCGUCUAUUUAACUGACGGUUGAGGAUUUCACUAGCGUGCUAGCUAACUUGAGUAGCCAAUGCUAAAUAGCGAGCUAAUCGACGGCAAGUUUAAAUGUGCUAGUUUUUGAGUGUAAUGUUAGCAUGCUGAGAGGGGGGAAAAAAGAGAAAGAAAUAAAAAGAAAUCAAACCAAAUCAAAAAGGAUAAGGAUGAAGUGGAUUUAUUACAGCUGUUGUGUCGGUUUUGUUCUCGCUUUAAAACUUUGUGACUCGACAAAAAUGCCUGGUUGCUGUUAGCUUAGCUCACUAAUUGAGCACCUGUGUUUAAUCUAUUAGCUAGCUAAUUGCCUGUGUGUGGUUAAUUAACUGCCUAGCUUUUUCACCUCAGUGUAAAUCUUGUGGGACGUGACAGCAGACGAGUGGCCAUCACACACACACACCAUGGACCGCUCCCCGAACGCGAUGGCCAGCAACGUGACCAAUAAGACGGACCCACGUUCGCUGAACUCGCGCGUCUUCAUCGGGAACCUCAACACCAUGCUGGUGACCAAAGCCGACGUGGAGGCCAUCUUCAGCAAGUACGGCAUGAUCGUGGGCUGCUCCGUCCACAAGGGUUACGCUUUCGUCCAGUACUCCAACGAGAGGAACGCUCGCGCCGCCGUGUCCGGAGAGGACGGGCGCAUGAUCGCUGGACAAGUCCUGGACAUCAACCUAGCAGGUGAGCCCAAACCUCACAGAUCAAAAACCACCAAACGUCCAGCAGGAGACAUGUACAGCUCCACUUUUGAGCUCGACUACGAUUUCCAGAGGGAUUACUAUGACAGGAUGUAUGCAUACCCAUCCCGCGUUCCCCCGCCUCCUCCACCCCUCACUCGCGCCGUCGUUCCCUCCAAGCGAGCACGGGUCAGUCUGAGCGGAGGAGGAAGCCGACGCACCAAAUCCAGCUUCUCGUCUUCGUCCAAAAGCAGCCAGCGCUCCUCAUCGCGAGCCAUUAAAGCGGACGAUCUUCAGACUAUAAAGCGGGAGCUGGCUCAGAUCAAACACAAAGUGGAUUAUCUUCUGGAAAGUUUAGAGCGCAUGGAGAAAGAUCACAGCAAGAAAUCAGAAGGCAAGGUGGCGAAGGCGGAGGUGGGUGAAGUGUCUCAGCAGCACUUGAGCAGUAAGAAGGAGCGUGACCGAGAGGAGCAGGAGAUCAACGACUCGGAGGAAGAGGGAGAUCUGCUGGAGGAAGAGGAGGAGGCGAAGAGUAUUGGCGGUGAGAACGAGGAAGAGGACGGAGAAGAGGAGGAGGAGGAAGAAGGAGAGCACGAGGAAGGCGAGGACGACGGUGACAGCAUAAACGGAGACGACCCAUAAGACUUGUUGUUUUGUUUGGUUUUUUUUAGUUUACUCGCUCGUUCUCGCACACAAACCACCUCAGCCUCCAGAGUGAAAGACGGUCUGGACUUCUUUAAUAAUAAUAAUAAUAAUAAUAAUAAUAAUAAUAAUAACAAAAAAGAUAAAGAAUGUUCGCGCACACACUUCUGUUCUUGUGAAGCAAUUUUUAAAGUCUGUCUGAAUAAACAAUCAGUGCUUUUGUUACUGUGAUGCUUUUAGAAUUCAGACCUGUUUUAAAUGUCUCUCUUCCAUCUUAUUUUUCUUUCCCAUCAGUGUGUGUAACGUUUCUUUAUUUCCCUCUCAGAAAAAAAAGAUUAUCAGCUCCAUUAGUGUGUUUGUGUAUUCAACUCUACAUGUCCAUUUUUUUUAUAUAUAUAUAUAUCUCUCAUUGCCCUUUUUUUUUUUUUAGUAUCCAUCCUGUUCAAGAUAAAUAUCACUGUAUGAAUUUCAAUAAAAUGGUCAAAAUAUUG